AUGUCCGUCAAAAUGAAGAAACACCAAAAGCAGAUCUCCAAAGGCCCGGACUACCCGAAAACCGCUAACGGCUCGUCGAAGAGCGAGAAGCCCAAGGAUCCAUCGGAAGGCGAGCAGUUGGACGUGGGCGAACACUUCAUGGUCCGCCGGCACGACGACUCGGAGCAUCCCUCUGAAAUCGUACAUAAGAGGUUCAAUGAUACAAAAAAACUUUUUGAGUAUUUGGUACAUUAUGAUGGGUACGACCGAAGAUUGGAUGAAUGGGUACCGAGAGAUAGGAUAAUGAAUUCAAGGAACCGAAAACGAAGACGAGACGAGAUUAAUCAUGUUCCAAUGUCUUAUGAAAAGAUGGAUCCAACUAUGGCUGCAUCGAAAAAAGAGCACGAGGCGAUUAAUAAAAUUAAGUACAUCAGUAAAGUACAGUUGGGAAUGUACGAAAUUGACACAUGGUAUUUUAGUCCAUUUCCAGGAGAAUACCAAAAGCAAUCUCAAAUUUUUAUUUGUGAAUAUUGCUUAAAAUACUGCAAAUUAAAAAAUUCAUUCAUCUACCACUUGACCCAAUGUACAUGGAAAGAACCACCCGGUGUUAAAGUGUACCAUAAGGAAUCAUUAUCAAUCUGGGAAGUAGAUUCCAGUCAGCAAAAAUUAUACUGUCAGAAUCUUAGUCUAAUGGCCAAGUUAUUUUUAAAUGAUAAAACAAUCUACUUUGAUGUUGAACCAUUUUUGUUUUACAUCCUUUGGAAUGUUAACAAAGAUGAUGGACAUUUUAUUGGAUAUUUUUCAAAAGAAAAAGAGUCACUAGAAUGUUACAAUGUAGCUUGUUUAUUAAUAAUGCCACAAUUCCAGAAAAAAGGUUAUGGUAAACUAUUAAUAGCGUUCAGCUAUGAAUUGAGCAAGUUGGAAGGACUUGUAGCCAGUCCUGAAGAGCCAUUGAGUGAUCUUGGUAAAUUGUCAUACACAUCUUAUUGGUCAUGGACACUUUUGGAAAUUCUGAAAAAUGCUUAUGGAUCUAUUUCAAUUGAAUCCUUAAGCACAAUGACUAGUAUUACCCAAACGGAUAUCAUUUCAACGCUGCAGUCUAUGAACCUUUUAAAGUACUGUAAAGACCAACAUGUGAUUUGUGUGACGCCUGAGAUGAUUAAACAGCUGGUUAGUUCAAUACAUUAUAAACGACCAAGAUUCAUAUUGGAAGGAAGUGAUAUCAAAUGGACUCCAAAAAAGUAG